GAAACCAUUUUGGCGCUUGUCUGCUUCCAACAUGGAAGGUUCUGGUGUUGAUCAGCAAGAUAAGUAUCGUUCUCACGUUUAUGGAGAUGGAGAGAAGAACACACAAUGGAUAUCUGGUGCCCCUCCUAACUACGAUACUGUUAACAAGCUCUUUGAACAAGGCAGAACCAAGAUAUGGCCAGCUGGGUCACUAGAAGAGAGGGUUCAGAACCUAUUGAAGACAUACGAGAUGGAGAUAUCGCACAAAGCCAACCGUGAGGACAUCAAAUCUAUUGAUCCAAACAAGUUCACUCUCAUCCAGAAUGGAAAAGAACCACUGACAAUUGACGAUAUUAAGAAAAGGGGUGGAAUCUAUAAUGUGGAUCUGCACAGCUCUCUACCUGAGGAGUUUCAGAUCUACAAACCAGCUGAGGAAACUGCAGAAUCGUCUCAUAAGAUUUUCACCACUACUUUCCCACGAGGUUUUGCAAUUGAGGUCCUCGAGGUCUAUUCCGGUCCGCCGGUGAUAGUCUACAAAUUCAGGCACUGGUCUUACAUGGAAGGUCCUUUCAAAGGUUAUGCCCCUACUGGAGAACUGGUUCAAUUCUUUGGCAUUGCAAUUUUCACGGUGGAUGAGCAGAUGAAAAUUGUCAAGGUGGAGUUCUUUUACGAUCCUGCAGAACUUCUUGGAGGGCUGACGAAGGGUGCCAAAAUUGAAAACUGUAGUGGAAACGAUGCAACCACAAGUAGUUGCCCUAUCCUUAGGAACACAAUGCUAUAAAUCCUUUGUUGCUUUGUUGCAUGCAGUUUAAAUAAAAUGUAGCUUUUGUUCAAAAUAAAAAUAAAAAUGUAACAUUGGCCAAAAAAAGAAGAAUGCAAUAGCACUGAGGCCAACGUAUGGGCAAGAACUACGUGAUCAGUAAUUACAACUUAAUAUAAAUUUAUAUUAAAU